AUGCUUCCUAGCCAGCAUGUCCAGUACCAAACGGCCCAACUUGAAGACAACUUGGAUGCAGGCGGCUCAAAGAUUGCGGCUCCGAGGCAUCAACGGAUAGCUAUUUCUGAGACAAUGACUCCCACUACCGCGCGAAUACCAAGACACGGUGAAAACCCUGAAGAGCAUCAUCAAAAUGACAUCCAGAAUAUACGUCGUCCAUUCAUGGCUGUCAAAGUAAGCUUCAAGACUGCCCUGGAACUCAACCAUACGCGUGAUAUUCCGAACAACGAUCAAGAGACUGCAUGCACCCAGCCACCGCAGAUUUGUAUUGAGCCGGAUGUUGGGAUCUACCGACAACGCCAGAUAGGGCGAGUUCACCCGGAGCGAGAAGACGAUCAGACAUAA